CAUCGAGAAGCUGUACAUCGGAAGUUCUUGUGUCGGAUCAACUUUCCAGACACGCUCUUUCCCGUUGACAGACCGUCACUCCCAGAUAAUGAGCACAUCACACGCUCGACAUGUGACCUCACAGUGGGAGGCCACAAAGCAGCGUGCGUCACCGCUGAUUGUCGACGGCAAAUCCUUGACUCUUGCGCAAACAGUCACACUGGGAAGAUAUGGAGGGACAGCUACACUAACCCAAGACCGCAAAGUCCUUGAUAGGAUAGAUGCGUGUGUUGCAAUGCUGAAUCAAAUGUUACAGCAAGGCCAAACUGUGUACGGGGUCAACACAGGAUAUGGUGGAAGUGCAGACGUUCGUUGCAGCCAUGGAGAGAUGCACAAGCUACAGCAAGCGCUCAUCCAAUGUCUGAACUCCGGGCACGCCCCCAUUCCAAAAGUGUCUGGCAGCGAUCAGGUCGCACACUCGCCGACAUUGAAACAAGAGUGGGUACGAGCCGCGAUUCUUAUCCGGGCGAACACAAUCGUGAGAGGCCACUCUGCAGUGCGAAAAUCUACUAUCGAGGCCCUACUAGAGCUGCUGAGUCACGAUAUCCUUCCUUUGAUCCCCACCCGUGGAAGUAUAUCAGCGUCUGGAGACCUAUCACCGCUUUCCUACGUUGCCGGUAUGCUAGAAGGUAAUCCAAAUAUACAUUGCUGGAUCGGCCCGCCAAGUGAUAGGAAGAUCGUUCCUGCCUCUGUAGCACUUGCAGCUGCCAAUGUCAAACCAACAGUCUUCGAGCCAAAAGAAGCGUUAGGUCUUGUCAAUGGCACUGCUGUAUCGGCAGCUGCCGCAAGCAUGACUCUGGCUUCAAUGAACAACAUAAUGGCUCUCAGUCAGCUUCUCACUGCCAUGAACGUGGAAGCAAUGCUUGGUACAGCCACGUCUUUUGCUCCGUUCAUUUCAGCUGUUCGCCCACAUCCUGGUCAAGCGGAAGUCGCGUCUGCUAUCCGUGGCGCUCUUGAUGGCUCGAAACUUGCCACAGGUCUUCUGGAAAGCCACAGCCAUACUCUCUUCCAGGACAGAUACUCCUUGCGCACGGUUCCCCAGUGGCUUGGUCCUUUCCUUGAAGAUAUCGAGCUCGCCAAUGAACAACUCCGGGUCGAACUGAAUAGCACGACGGACAACCCGCUCCUUGACGCCAGUACUGGAGAUAUCUACCAUGGCGGUAACUUCCAAGCUGUAUCAGUCACGUCGGCUAUGGAGAAGUGCAGGCUUGCUGCGCAAGCUAUUGGCCGAAUGCUUUUUUACCAGUUCACGGAGAUGACGGACCCAGCCAAGAACCGCGGAUUGCCGCCAAACUUGUGCGUUGAUGAACCUAGCACCAGCUUUACUUUCAAGGGAGUUGACGUGAAUAUGGCGGGUUACAUGUCGGAACUGUCUUUCCUUGGCAACCCGGUACACAACCAUGUCGUCAGUGCUGAGAUGGGAAACCAAGCGCUGAAUUCACUGGCGUUGAUCAGCGCACGGUAUACCGACACGGCAAUGGAUAUUCUUUGCCUCAUGUGUGCUGCCUCGCUUUACGGGACUUGUCAAGCGCUGGAUUUACGCGCUUUGAACCGCAUCUUCGAGUCGAAGUUGAAAACCGCAAUUGAGGACAGCGUACGGAAUGUUCUCGCUGAAAUAGGUGUCAGCGAAGAGUGGGAGGCAAAGGCCCAACUAAUCGCGACGACCACGUUGGACUCAAGACCUCGCUUCGAAAACAUCAUGAAAGGCGCAAAAGCACCACUAGUGUCUGUCCUCGAAGAAGCGAACGCGACAUCUUCCGGGCUCCUGCAACACCUGAGCACGUGGACUGCAAAAAACAUCAGCGCAAGUCUCUCACUGUUCAAUGAGACAAGGCAGGAAUACAUCCGAUCAGGCGAUGCAAGCGAUCUGCUUGGAAAGGCUUCGAAACGGCUUUAUCGAUUCGUCAGGAACGAAUUGAAGGUGCCAAUGCACAGAGGUGUUGUCGAUCAUCCAAUGUAUCAGGCCUCGGGCGACCCGAACAACGUGUUCGAGAAGGUUGAGGCCGCGAGUAUGAAGCGUACGAUUGGCCACUGGAUUGGGGUUAUCAAUGAUGCCAUGAAGGAUGAUAUCUGGGAGGUGGUUGUGGAGUGUCUUAAAGAGGGCUUGGAUGCCGAACCUGAGCUGAUGCCUGAGCAUGUCGAACCAAUGACUAAUGGAGUGAACGGAGUGCGCUGGUUGAAAAAUAGGUGAGCGUAGUGGCAAAUGCAAGUUCGCUUGUUUGCGCGCGUUCUAGGGUCUGGUAGGGUGGGAUCUUGGGAUGGAAA